AUGGCGAGAGGCGGCACGUCAAACAAUGACUCAAAACACCCUACCAUGGAGGAGAUGAUGGCCACGAUCAAUGGCUUACGGGAGGAAAAUGCGCGUUCCAGGGAGAGAGAGGAGGCCAUUCAACGCGAGAACGAGGAAAUCAGGGGGCGAGCAGACGAGAUGCAGGCCAGAAUAGCGGCCAGUACCAGGACGGUGGGGGAGGAUGGCAUGUUGGAAGUCCCCAGGGGUUUUCGACCUUUCUCGGAAGCCAUAGAGGUCGAGACCAUCCCCAGGGAUCAUCGGAUACCCCAAGUCGAGCCUUUUGAUGGAACGCAGGAUCCCAGUCAGCAUUUGACGAAUUUUCGAGCUCAAAUGUUGAUUUGUGGAGGGAGUAUGGAAGUUCGCUGCAAAUUGAUCAUGGGCACACUCAAAAAGGCAGCACUUGAUUGGUUUAGUGGUCUCCUUGACCGAUCAAUCACUGACUUCGAUGUUUUCAGUCGGCUCUUCAUGGCACAAUUCGCCGCCAACAAGAAGAAACCACCAAUCACGUCGGACUUGUUCGACCUCAAGCAGCAGCGCGAGGAGUCGCUGAAGGACUUUCUGCAAAGGUUCAACGAGGUCGCCUUGAGGAUAACGUCGUUGGAUGAAAGGAUGGCGGUCAUUGCAUUCCAGAAGGGUUUAAGGUCCGGAGCUUUCGACAUCACGCUCGAAAAAGCAAAUUGUCAAACAAUGUCGGAGGUGAGGGCUUUCGCCCUGAGUCACAUCAAGACGGAGGAAAACCAAAUCAUGAAAAGAGCAGCUGAAAGCCGAGAGGAAGGGGGCAGUAGUAAGGAGGGCAACAAGCACCUCCGGGUGCGCUCAGAUUGGAAUAAGCGACGUGAUCACUACGAUGCUAAGGAGGGGAAUCGCAGGCAGACGGACUAUGGUGGUCGGGCGAAGGGCGAGUGGACACGAAGCAACGAACAGGAAAAGUUCACCCCACUCAACGUUCCCAGGAGGCACAUACUCCAUGACGUCAACAACGCGUCACUUUUCGAGUUCCCGGCGGCGACUGAUCGUCAGUUGGGUCCUUAUAAGACCGACUGGUGUGAAUUUCAUCGGACCCAUGGACAUACUAUGGAGAAUUGCUUUGUUCUUGGUAGACAGAUUGAGUGUCUCAUCAAGGAGGGUCGCUUGAAGAAGUUCAUCGCAGGUAAGCAUGAUGAAGACUCGUCUGACAGACGACGCAAGCAUGAAGGGGAAGAUACGAGGGGAGGAAGACACAAAGGGAGGUCUCCUCCGAGAGAUAUUCCAGAGAAGAGUUUAGAGACCCACCAGCAGGUUGUCCAUGGAGACUUUAACACCAUAGCGGGGGGAUUCGCUGGAGGAGGUCCUACAUCAGCAGCACGGAAGAGAUACUCUCGCUCGGUGUUGUCGGUCUCGGAGUGGGCGAGACCGACUCGGCCAGCCAUCACGUUCUCGGACGCCGACUUUGAAGGGGUGUCCCCUCAUGAGGACGACCCCAUAGUUGUUUCAGCGAUAGUCAUGGGCUACAAUGUGAAGCGUGUGCUGGUAGAUCAGGGCAGCUCAGCGGAUAUCAUGUUCUAG